UGCCAGUGCACGGAGCGGGCAGGGGCGAAGGCCGUCCUCUGCAGCUCCCGGCACUUGGAGGAGAUCCCCAAGGACAUCCCCAAAGACGUGGUGUUCCUCAAGCUAGACGCCAACAGCAUCACCAGGAUCCCCAGCAAUGCCUUCAGGCACCUCUCCCCCCUGGAGAAACUCGGCCUCGCGGCUUUCAAAGGGGUGGCUGCUGGGCUGCGCACCCUCGACCUCUCCAGCAACCGCAUCCGCAGUAUCCCCAAGGAGGCCUUGCUGGUGCUCAAUGCCAAGCUCCGGCUGGCCAACAACCCCUGGCACUGCGAGUGUGCCUUGCAGGAGAUGCUGUGGGAGGCGCGGCUGGACCCCGACUCCGUCCAGGACAUCACCUGCCACACGGCCCCGCGCGAGGAGUACGUGGGCAAGCCGCUGCCGCUGCUCCAGGUCCUGGAUGCCGGCGUCAACUUCUGCAGCGUGCGUCAGAGGACCACGGACGUGGCCAUGUUCAUCACCAUGUUCGGCUGGUUCGCCAUGGUGAUCGUCUAUGUGAUCUGCUACAUCCGACACAAUCAAGAGGACACCUGCAAGCGCGUGGAUUACCUGAGGUCACUGCCCAGCACCCAAGGCCACCCAGCGACCACCAGCACUGCCCUGUAG